AUUCAAAUUGGACUUGAAUGUCUAAAAUACUUUAUUUAAUUGCCAAGUAACAUGCUUAAGGAGUAAUUUUAGUUUCUUAUAAAUAACCACCCUUUUACAUCAUGACAUAUAAAUCCAAAUAGUAAACAAAAAUAUUACUGUACUAAAAAUUCUCUAAAAUUGUCUCUUUUCUUUAACUUUAAUAGUAGGAGUAUUAUAUUUUGUCUUUGUUUUAUUACAUGCACGAAACGAAUAAUUCUUCACCGGGUCCAACAUAUUCGGAUUCUACCCGACCCGAUAUCUUCAUCUCGCUAAGCAAAUUCCCAAAUCUUCUUUUCCAAUCCAUGAGAUCUCAAUUCAAUCAACGGCGUACACCGGCCGACGUGAUUCUGGUCACCGGCGUUCAUUUUCCGGUCAGAUCAGCAUAUCAAUAUCUGUAGAUGACCUAGGUUAAUUUAAAGCUUGUUAAAUCAUGGCAAUCAUCGACGAUGAAGAUGAACCGCUUGAUCAAUUUCUCGAAUCGGAGAUCUUCGAUAUCUGCGAUGAGGAUGAAGAGAUGGUAGAGGAUAUCUUGAACGAAGGUGAUGUGAACAGGAAAGGUAAGCGCCUCGAAGUUGACGAUGGUAAUGAUAGAUGUGAAGGAGAGGAGCGAGUAACAAAGAAAAUGAGAGUUCUGGAAGAUGAGUAUGAGGAUGAGGAUGAAAUUGAGUGGAAGGAGAAGUGGGAGCCAGAUGAGGAGGAGGAGGAAGAGAAUAGGGAAGCAAAGUUGAUAAAAUUUGAGGAGGAGGAGGAAGACGAGGAGGAAAAGGUGAAGGCAUUACUAUCAUCUCCAUCUUUGUCAGCCCCAGUUGAAGUUGAAGCUGAAGGUGAAUGUGCAUCAUCACCUCCAAGGAUGAGUCAGAGUGUCACGGAAAAUAAUAACAAUGUUGCCAGCACAAGCAACAACAUGAGGCAGAUCCCAAGUAGGAUAGAGACUGGGAUUCUGAGCAAAGUACCUCCAGAAUUGCUCCGUCACAUCCUCAAGUUCCUUUCACCAGAGGAUCUUGUGGCAUGUACAAUGGUCUGCAAGUUUUUAAAUUUUGCUGCUUCUGAUGAAUCCUUGUGGCGCUGGCUGUACCACAUGCGAUGGGGUUUGUUGCUCCCAACAAGAAAGCCACGGGACUGUGCUUGGAAGAAGCUUUACAUCCAGCGUGAUGCAGAUGAUAUGAUGGAGUUUGUCAGGAAUACUCCUAUGGAAUUUAAGGAGUAUUAUAUCCAAAUGCAGGCAGCAAAAAGAAGCCAAGCUCCUCCUCCCUCUCAGGUAAAUGAUGACCGAAUAAUUCUUGAUAAGACAGUUGCUGAUCAAGUUUCUAUUUGGAAGAAAAGCAAAGGUCUGGGUGAUAAAGUGGUGAUUGAUCAUGUGUGCUCUGGGGAGACAUGCACUUACUAUCAAAUAGGAGAUGUAUAUGUUUGUGAGAAAACUGGACAUGUCCAUGUUUGUGAUGACACAUGUAGGGAAGUUGUAUCUGAUCCUGUAAAUGGUCUUCUGGUGUGUACCAUUUCAGGCCACUGUUUUGAUCGGAUGUUGUCACCUUCUGAAAUGGAACUAGACGGGGAACAGCAACAAGUUGGAACUACAGAUGAAGCGGAGCCAUUCAUGGGAUCGGGUCGUUUUGCUCGAGCUUAUUUACUGGGAUAUAACUGUGAUGAUGAGAAAGAACUAGAAGAUGCUUUGCGCUUUUGCUGAUUCCACUGCUGCUAUGUAUAAUUAUAAAACCUUUGGCUUCCAAUGAUGACAUUCUAGCAGUCUUGUUUCAAUCUUGUACUGUAACUGUAGCUCACUAAAUAAGUAUUACAAAGUUUGGUUUUUCACUUAA